AACCGGCGCAAGAUUCCAGGGUACACCCCGUUUGUACAUUGACCUUAUUCCACACACUGCCAAUCCACCGAUAUGGCUGGUAGAAAACGGGCUGCAAAUGAAUCUUCCACGCGCGAGACGCGCAGUGCGAAAGCAACAAAAACUGACACCGCAAAAAGUCCAAAGAACGCUGGAAAGGAGCCAAGAGGGGCAGCGCGUCUUAAGACAUCAGUAAGCGCUGCUGCGUUCAAGGCGCGGGCUCUUCCCCUCCAUGUCAACUUAACACAUACGCCCCCGGCUGCUGCCGGACCUGAAGAAGGCUCCACAUCAGUUGCGCAGGUAGACCCAGGAUUUGUGGGGAGUACGACGCUUAUCGGAAGCUCGUUCUCAACAGGGAGUUUCGGGUGGAAAGGCAACAAGCGGUUGACCAUCGAGCUCCCAGGUGUGGAUGGUGCGGAGAAGGAAACCGUCCAUGUCCAGUUAACGAUCAAUGCCACUGUCAUAGGAAGCAAAGAUGCGAAGGAAACAGAUGAUGACAAGGAAGGGGAGGCAGAGGCCCAGAAAGAAACGGAAGAACCUAAGGAGAUCACAGAAAAGGAGCCUGAACCGUCUAAGGAGGAGAACGCAAUGGAAGUUGUAGAACAAAAGGCAGCAGAAAACGCACCUGAGGAAGCGCCUGAAGGCGAUGCCGUAGAGGUGGAGGCUGCUAAGGAGAACGGUGAAAACGGCACAGCUGCAGAAAACGAAGGUCUGUAAAUUGCUGUGAGGUGACUCCCUUGUCUUUAUCGUUGCCAUAUUAUCGUUGUGUUUAUUGGUCUAACUAUUUUUUGUUCUAUUCUGUAAUAUUAUUAUACAAGUACUGCCCAAGUUCAUGAGUGACAUCGUAC